GUUUAAUACCCCUCCAGCCUCUGAUUUGACCUUCCAACCCACAUAAAUUAACAUAUAUUUCACCGCCUCUCCUUAUAUAGCACGGCUACCACUUCAAGAAAUGCAAGGCUCUGCCACCAAUACAGAAUCUCAACAGGCGCUUGUGAUACACUAUGAAGCCCUCCGAGUUUUAGCCGCUGAACUGAAGGUGUCUGAAACAUGGAUGCAGACGGCUUGUGAGACUACGUCAGAAAUUGUCGAACUUCUCAGUUCAGAAAGAAAUGAAAAAGACUCGCCAGCAUUAGAAUUGUUCGCAAAGCUCGUUUCCAAGUGCCCCGAACAACCUGUUCUCUUCCAGAAGUUUGCUCAUGUGCUUUUGUUGCACUUCUACCAUCCACAGUUGUUCUCAAAAUUGUGGGAUAUUUUGGCUUCAAGGCCGCCAACCCCAACAGGCGAGCCUGCAUUUCAAGUUCCCGAAUGGUGGCCAGCAUGCGGCGAGAAUCAAAAUUUGGAUGUCUUCGCCAGUCCCUUUGAGUUUGGCUCCAAUUUGGAAGAAUUCGUCAAGGCGCAUGCUCACGAUGUCCACCUGAUUCUUCACACAGCGGCGAUGGUGUUGCCUCAGCUCCAGAUGUUGACCAAAGAGCCCACUCCUUCCUGGAGCUGCUUUGCGUCAUUGAUAUCUGUCAUGCUGAAAAGCGUGGCCCAUCGUGACUUAACAUGCAUUAUAAUCUGUCAUGACGAGAACGCAAUUGCUAUGCUUCACCGCCUAUCUCUACUGUCGGCAUUGACUAGUGGACAGCGGUAUGCAAAAUUUAUUUUGGAGCUAUUGAUGAUCAGGCCACCAGUAUUGAACCUGCUUUCUAUGAUAUGUAAGUUGCCGGGCGCAAGACGCUUGCUUCAAAUAUAUCCGCAGAGUCAGCUUGGAGCGUUUGAGGUGGCUGCGAAAACGCCGUUCCGCUUCAUCGUCGACUUGCUCAAUCACACCUCGGGCUCGUCGUGGUUCUCAAAUGGAACUGUCAUUAAUUGCAUCUCAAUAAGCUCGCAAACUCUUGAGUGGUUGGGUGACAAUGCUGAUCUGACAUCCAUAUACGAAGAAUUCAACAAAGUUUCUGAAAUCAAUUCGCUCUUGAGUGUGUGCACGCAGUUUGGCUGCGUUACGGCACAAUGUCUUUUGGGCUUUUACGGUGACAAUAUUUGCACAUCAAAGCAAUUCAGGGCGUUGAAUGGCUUUUUGCGUUCUGCGUUACCGCCAUUGGCGAAGCCAAACUACUUUUUUGCCGAGCAAAAACCUGCACCGUCAAAUGAAACAUUAGUAAUGUUCUCGAAGUUGGACGAGUAUGAUGAGUUGCAUCGAACCCUCUUGCGCAUUCUCAAGUUUCUUAGUGUUAUUUUUGCCCCAGAAUUAACUGAAACAGCUACAUUGGCUCCUGGCGAGGGGCUUUCUGAGAAAAUAUAUAUGCGCACGAUACAGCCCAUAUACUCGUUCAUGUUGCUCGCACUUAAAUGCAACGAAAAGUUGGAUCUGUCGAAUUUGACGUCUCAAUUUACAAACACGUUAAUUUUCAAAAUUAUGGAACAGCUUCUUAGGAAUGCAGAGUCGUCAUUGGCAUGGACCACUCUAUUCAAUCACGCUACUGAGACUAGCUAUAGUGAGAUCAGUACGCUGCGUAUCUGGUUUAAGUUUCUCCAAACCUUGUGCACUGACUACAAGAAUGAUCGCCAUAAGGAGUUGGUACGCGAUGGAUUUGACAAAUUCUCAGCUACUUUUUUCCCGGAUACGAAACCAUCCAAUAUUUACAGCAGUCCGUACAUGUCGUUGUCUCAGGCGACCUUUGGCGUCAUCACGAAGAACGAGUACAUGUUUCUUUAUGAUAAUUUAUCCAGGCGAAAAGGCGAACAUGAUGAUACAACACAAUCAAAAAUGACGAGUCAUUACAAUAUGGGAGGUAGACAACAGAGUGUUCAUGUCGAUAAAUUUGGUAAAGAUAGAUCCUAAUUUCACCGGGCGGGCUCUCAAGGGUGGCUAGCACGUGACUGCCCGCACCAUCAAAUACUAUUUUUUUUUCCUUAGCAGCGCGACUUUAAGAG